AGCCAACAUUUGCAUUUCAAAAACACUUCGUGUGGCAAUUUCUGUAGUGGAAAAAAAGUGACGAAAAACAUACCAUGAGUGACGAAAACGUGAAAAAGUUAGAUGAAUUGUGCAUUUCUGAGAAAAAGGAGGAAAAGGCAUGAAACAUUUCACGCUAUAGAACAAUUUUACGUAGUUAUUCAAUGGGUUUAUUGGCAAUUGCUAAGAGAAUCAAUAGGCACACUUUUGUUCAAUUGCGUCAUCUACAGCAAUUUUCCUCUCUGGCUGGCAAAAUGAAGAAAGACAAGAAAGCCGCUGAUUCCGGGAGUCAAAAAGCCAAGGAAUUGAAUCCCCUUCCGGAAUUCAUUCAGCAUCGGUUGAGCAUGUGGGAUACACUUAAAGCCAAGUACUUGGAGGAUUUGGAGGCUAAACUGAAAGAUUCAAUCGAAGUUACCUUGCCGGAUGGCAAAGUUGUGCCUGGAACAUCGUGGCAAACGACUCCCUAUGACAUUGCCGUGGGCAUAAGCAAAGGAUUAGCGGACAAUUGUGUGAUUUCGAAGGUUAAUGAUGUUCUGUGGGAUUUGGAUCGACCGUUAGAGCAGAAUUGCAAGUUGCAACUGCUGAAAUUUGACGAUCCCGAAGCCCAGGCUGUUUUCUGGCAUAGUUCAGCUCAUGUCCUGGGCGAAGCCAUGGAAAGGAUUUACGGUGGACACUUGUGCUAUGGUCCUCCAAUUGAGAAUGGCUUCUACUAUGACAUGUUCAUCGAUGGCGAUGGCAUUUCCACCAAUGACUACAGCGUAAUGGAAUCCCUGGUGAAGCAAAUCGUGAAGGAGAAGCAGCCCUUUGAGCGGCUGGAGAUGAAGAAGGAGGAUCUACUGAAGAUGUUUGAGUACAAUGAGUUCAAGAGGAGGAUUCUCAAUGAGAAAGUUACCACGGAUACAACAACAGUGUAUCGCUGUGGUCCGUUGAUUGAUCUCUGUCGAGGCCCUCAUGUUCGGAAUACUGGGAAGAUCAAGGCAAUGAAGGUCACCAAGAACUCCUCAACAUACUGGGAGGGUAAUAGUGAAGCUGAGACCCUUCAGCGCGUCUACGGAAUAUCAUUUCCGGAUCCGAAGCAACUGAAGGAGUGGGAGAAGAUUCAGGAGGAGGCAGCAAAGAGGGAUCAUAGGAAAUUGGGGAGAGAGCAGGAGCUGUUCUUUUUCCACGAACUCUCACCAGGAUCGUGCUUUUUUCAGCCACGUGGCGCCCAUAUCUACAACACUUUGGUGAAUUUCAUUCGGAGUGAGUACAGAAAACGCGGAUUCCAGGAAGUCAUCUCGCCCAAUAUGUACAACGCAAAGUUGUGGCAGGUCUCUGGGCAUUGGCAGCACUAUGCUGACAAUAUGUUCUCAUUUGACGUGGAGAAAGAGAAAUUUGCACUGAAGCCCAUGAAUUGUCCUGGACACUGUCUCAUGUUCGACAAUCGCAAUCGCUCUUGGAGAGAAUUACCACUGCGAAUGGCUGACUUUGGUGUCCUGCACCGAAAUGAGCUUUCUGGGGCUCUGACUGGUCUCACCCGAGUCCGGAGAUUCCAGCAGGAUGAUGCCCACAUUUUCUGUGCUCCGGAGCACAUUAAGUCGGAGAUAACCGCCUGCUUGGAUUUCCUCAAUAGUGUCUACAAAGUAUUUGGCUUCACGUACAAUCUCGUCCUGUCCACGCGUCCUGACAAGUACCUGGGCGAGUUGGAGGUGUGGAAUGAGGCUGAGAAGGCCCUCGAGGAGGCUCUGAAUAACUUUGGGGCCGCAUGGAAGAUGAAUCCGGGCGAUGGGGCUUUCUAUGGGCCAAAAAUUGAUAUAACCAUCCUCGAUGCUCUUAGGCGUCCAUUUCAAUGUGCAACCAUUCAAUUGGAUUUCCAGCUGCCAAUUCGAUUCAAUUUGUCGUACGUAUCAGCAUCGGGUGAGACUAAGAGGCCGGUGAUUAUUCAUCGGGCAAUUUUGGGAUCUGUGGAGCGAAUGAUUGCGAUUUUGACGGAAAAUUAUGCGGGAAAAUGGCCAUUUUGGUUGUCUCCGCGGCAAUUGAUGGUGGUUCCGGUGGGGCCACCAUUCAAUGAAUAUGCCGACAGUGUCCGGAAGAGGCUGUAUGAGGUGGGCUUUAUGGCUGAAAGUGAUCUCGAUGAUGGGGAUACGAUGAAUAAGAAGAUUCGCAAUGCUCAGUUGGCGCAAUUCAAUUUUAUUCUUGUUGUUGGCGAAAAGGAGAAAUCCUCGAAUACCGUCAACAUUCGCACCAGGGACAACAAGGUUCACGGAGAAAUGGGAGUGGAGGAAUUGAUAGUCAAACUCAAGAGGAUUCAGGAUGAAUUUGUCAUUGGAGAAGAUACUAUCUAAAAACAAAAAUUGAUCCAUAAUUCCCGCAGGCAAAAAGCAUUUUCUCAAUGAAUUUCUCAACGCUAUUUAAUUAUUUAUGUGAAAAACAAAUGUCCGAUUUCCCAACAAAUCUUUGGCUUUUGUAGCUCUUACAGUAAAUAGAAAAAUGAAUAAAAAUUACAAUUAAAUUCCA